UUCCGUUGAUCCAGGAGACAUUGGAGGCUCUAAAGACCGUCUGGCCCCUCAGGGGCCUCCUCCUGCAGUCAGAGGAGACAUGCAGCAAGCUGCAGAUCUGGAUCAGAACAAACUGGCUUCUCCUGCCGCCGCUUGUGACCUGAAUCUGUGGGAGGAUCGAGGAGCUCGUUGUUAGAGGAGGAGAGGAGGACUGCGGACAGAGGAGGAAGGAGGGACCAUCCUCCUCCUCGGCGCGGCGUGGAGAGGCGUGACGCGCCCGAACCGCAUCCCAAGGAUGGCAGGUCCUCCUGACGGGCCCUUGGCUCUUUGCGUCCGAGUCAGACCGCCGGCCCUUUGAGGAAGAUGGCCCCUGUGAUCCCGCUGGGCUCCAGCUUCAGGAUCAGGACCAGGAGCGGUAUGGACCUGAGAACCGCAUCUCACAGGCGAACGCUCGUCGUAAUGUUGCUGGUGGCUGGCACACUAGUUUCCAUGGCAACCCCAGGCUCAGCUGCUGCAGGUUUAAACAGGACAAUGGAGCCAUCAUCACACCCCCCACCGCCAUCAUCUACACCAUCCCUCUCCUCUCACAGUGCGCCGUCAGACUACAGUCACCAUGGUAAUAUUGCCGAUUAUGGGUCAGCGGAGGACCAGGAUGCCGGCGCUCAGGGGAUCCACCUCCUUCUGAGACCUCCGGACCUCCUGUCCCCUAGUCUACCUCCGCCUCUCCCCCCGCACAGCCAGUCAACCCUCCCCCCUCCUCCCCCCUGGGAGCAGGGACCCUCCCUAGAGGAAGCAUGGGGCUCUGGAGACUACCUGGAAACUCUCUCCUUCAUGGUGCCAGAUGGUGAAGAACUUGGCCUUGCCACGCCACUGCCCUCCCACCCCUGGGACACCGACUCAGAAGGGGACUGGGUGUCUUAUGACAACACCUUUCCUGCCCGUCCAACCCUCCCUCUCCUCUCCCGUCUCCCCAUCACCCCCACCUCCACUUCCAGUUUUCCCCUGGACACCCAUACUGCUCGUCUGGAUGUUUUCUCCACUUGGGACGAGGAAUACGACCCGGAGGACAUGAUGCCUCUAGAGCCGACAGAGGUGCUGCUGCCAGACAUGAACAGCCUGGAAUACUAUAACAAACUGCUGGCCCGGGAAAAGGAAAGACAGAAGGAGCGGGAACAAGAGGAGGAAAAACAUCGGACCAAAUCCAGACCUUCCAUUAUUCCCACAACAACCCAAACCCACCAUUCUCCUCCAACACUAGACCCUACCCUCCAUGUGCCUCCAGCAGAGGUAGAGCGUAAACAUCCCCCAGAAGGACAUAUCCCUCCUCUGUCUCCCUCACCUGCUUCUACCAAUGAGAAGCCAACUACUCCACCAAGCACACGCCAAACCUCCUCCACCUCUGCUCCAACAUCCAGCACCACCAACCAGUUGCCACUUACUCCCCCACAGGGACCGACGUUGCGUCCAAUCCAACCAGAAAGACCAGCAGUGAUUACAGAAAAACCAGCAAAAAGUCCAGCCAUAAUGACCACCACCCAGAUCACCUCCAUCAGUCUAACCAGAGGACCCCCAGUUACCACGCCCAGAGGGGCCCAGACCCCUCUCACUAGACAGUACCUGUGCAAUGUCACCAAGCCUGAGCUGUACCUGGUCCGAGUGGUGAGUUCGAAAGGCUCAUCGGCAGGUUUCAGUCAUGUCCGAGAUGUGCUGAGGAGAGAGUUCAACCGCUCGGUGGAGCUCCAGUUCCUGAGAACUCCAUCCAGUUUCGCCUUCCGCGUCGUGUCAGGACCGAUGAUAUUCACGGCCAUAUCUGUCAUCAACGCUCUCCGGCGGUCACCGCGUAGCUCCGGACCCAUUCCUACUGUAUCCCCACUGUACACCAUACCUGACCUCUGGUACCAGAUCCACUCAGUGCUGCAGUUUGUUCCCACCCACGUUGAUGUCAGGGUGUGCAACUUUACAGAAAGGGUGGAGAGAGGGCUGAUGAUGGCGUAUGCAGAGAGCCGAAGGAGGUCUCAUGAGGCAGGAAACGUCACUGUACAGCUGCUGAACAUCACAAUGGGCGUAGCUCGGCCAGCGUCGGGCCGGAAGGUUCCCGUUGACAUUACAUUUGCGGUGCGAGACGGAAGGGGCUACCUUCCAGGGUCGGAGGUUAGCGAUCACCUGAGGAAGCUCAGCAUGGUUGAGUUCAGCUUCUAUGUUGGAUUUCCUGCUCUACAGAUUGCAGAACCCUUCCAUUAUCCAGAGCUAAACAUGUCUCACCAUCUGCGCACCACUUGGGUCCGUACAGUCCUAUUAGGUGUUUAUGAGCAGCAGGUGGCUGAGAGGAGCUUUAAGGCGCGUCUGGAGAGACGUCUGGCUCUGCUUCUGGAGGAAGGACUGCAGGAGACCAGCAGGAGGCGCUGGAGAAGAGCAACUGCAGUUGGCAACAACAGUCUGCAGGUGGUGCGAAUAUCCAGGCUGUCUGGACCGGAGCGCCCCCUAGAAGUGUUUUACUUUGUGGAGGGUCCAGGUGGGGAGAGGGUCCCAGCGGAGGUAACUGCUGCCACCAUGAACCGCCUGGACCUUCAGAGAGCUGCCAUUGUCCUUGGUCACCGAGUCCAGAGGCCGCUGGCUCAACCUGUAGAGACUCCCUCUGUCCCUCCGGCUGAGACUCAGAGUAGCAGCAUCUGGUUGAUUGUGGGUGUCGUUGUUCCUGUCCUGCUUGCAGUCUUUAUUAUUAUUAUUCUCUACUGGAAGCUUUGUGGGUCUGAGAAGCUUGAGUUUCAACCGGAUGCCAUCAACACCAUCCAGCAGAGGCAGAAGCUUCAAGCUCCAAGUGUCAAAGGCUUUGACUUUGCAAAGCUCCAUCUGGGUCAGCACAGUAAGGACGACAUCAUGGUGAUCCAGGAGACUGGCCCCCUCCCCGCCCCCAUAAAAGAGGCCACACCCUCUGAUGGCGGAGACCUCAACACUCCUAAAUCCAAGGGAUCGUCCACUAAAGCAGCACGUUCAAGCCGCCGCAGAGGAAGGCUCAGCCCUUCAGAUGGGGACUCAUUGGGAAGUGAACAAUCCAGCGGCAGAGAGUCAGCUGAGGAAAGCACCAGACCUGUUGCCACACCCAGUGAUGGGAAACACCACAGAAAAAUGCCUAAAAACGGGAGGAACAAAAUAGCGCUCCCAUCAGGCAGCGGUCCAGAUGAACUUCUCUCCUCAUCUUCCAUCUUUGACCAUGUAGACCGUCUCUCCCGUGGCUCUUCUGAUGGAACCCGUCGCCAGGCCAACAAGGUGCAACUCAUCGCCAUGCAGCCCCGACCAAGUCCGCCUGUGGCCCACGGCCCUUCACAGCCGAGCCCCUCCCUCACUGAAAAGGUCAAUACAGAGCAGGUGGCGCUAAGGCACAAGUCUGAAAUCGAGCAUCACAGGAACAAACUGCGCCAACGAGCAAAGAGGCGGGGCCAAUGUGAGUUUCCUUCUAUGGAUGAUAUAAUGGAUGCUUUUGGAGACGGACCGGUUCAGAGUGAAGCGGCUCAGCGACUCUACAGCUCCGCCCACGACCACAUGGACUGUAUCCUGCAGGCCGAAGGAGCCUUGCCUCCGACCCCGGCCGACUCCAGAAAAAGAGGGAGGCGCUCUCCUCGGGGCCGUAGGCCUCAUCAAGGACCAGGAAGUCUUCCAGAUACAGACAGAGAUCGGCUGCUCACAGACCAAAGCGCCACCUACAGGAAGUACCCAGGACUCAACAAUGUAGCGUACAUGUCUGACCCUGACCUUCCCCCAGACCAUGGCAGUCCCUCCCCCACAGACGAGGUCUUUGAUCCCGCCCCCCCUCCGCCUCCCUACAUGCCCCCACAGCCUUCUAUAGAGGAGGCUCGGCAGCAGAUGCACUCCCUGCUGGAUGACGCCUUUGCCUUGGUGUCACCGUCUUCGCAGACCAGCGGCAUGAGAUAUGCAGAGUUGGGAAUCUCGCCCAAAUCCAUCCAGGGACUGCUGCAGAGACAGGGCCUGGGUUCAGGAGGAUUCCUUUCUACUGGAGAACCUCUGCAAGAAUCUGUUUACUCCAACAGGGGAAAAUAUGAAGACCCGCCUUCGUCCUCCAGACCCAGACCUGUAGGGGGCAGUACAGGGGCUCAGCUGCACCAUCUGACACAGGUGGGGCUGUCCAGUCAGAUUAGCGCGUACCCUGGAGUAGGUCGUAGUAUGUCUGGACCCACUGGCUCCAGCUGGCACCAGCAGCACUCAGACCAGGACCUAUCCAGACCAGGAGGCAGCAGAGAGAGUGUGCUGUCGUACCCUGAGUUCUCUUCCUCGUCUGUUUUUCAAAUGCCCACUUCCUCGUUGCGGGACUCGUCGGCUCCACCCCUCCUCUUAACCUCACCCACCCCAGAAUACCCACCAGAGGACGCCUCCCCGUCUGCCCACACUUCUGCGUCUCUAAUCAAGGCUAUCCGGGAGGAGCUGCGACGGCUGGCCCAGAAACAGGCGCCAGUGACCAGCUAUCCUUAAACUCACCCGGGUUUUUUUCAGUCAGGAGUUACGGCGGCUGCUCUACCACCGGGUCAAAGACCCUGAACACUCCGUACCGCUAAACCCAAAAUACCCCCGAUAUCCACUAAGAAAGGGCAGCGUCUCCUGAAGACCACCAGUACUUAACAGGGUCUUGUCUUUGUAUUCAUCCAUCAACUCUUCACCCAGUUUUCAUUACAAAGAAGUUCUCCAGAGAACAUCAGGAUGAGCGUACCUGGACUUCUACAAUAGUUCAUGCUUCUAGAACUUCUGAGGCAGCAAUACAGCCCCCACAGCCCGGAACGAGAGUUCCCUCUGACAUCCUGAAGGUGAUGGACCUUUGUAGGCCAGUCAUCCACCUCUCAGUUCUGAAGCAUGAAGGCAUUAGGUAUGGCUCUGACCUCUGCAGGUGGAUGGUACUUCCUCGUUGUCUGGAGCUUAUAUGGUAGGAGAGCUUUCAAUCCCCCGGUCUUUGGUGAAUUAGUCUAACCCCUUACCCUUUAGGUCGUCUCUGAGAGUUUGAAGCCAAACCUUUACAUUUUCAGUGGUCUCUAUGAAGGCUGGGAUGUCCCAUGGAAAUUCUUGGUCUUCUAGACCUGAAGGUCCUAAACUUCGUCAGCAGAUCAUUACUGCUGGACUAAAGUAACUGAUGCACACUGGAAAAAAUCGAAAUCUAGAUAAGUCAUUUUCUCUUAAAAUAAGUGCAUUUGUUUUUGGAUUAAAGAGGUAAUAGAGACAUUUUGCCAAUAGAACAAGA